GCUGAUUGGUGGACCUCAUUUGGAGAUGAAGUGCCAGAGCUUCAAAAAUUUGUCAUCCGAGUCCUGAGUUUGACUUGUAGUGCUUCUGGGUGCGAGCGUAAUUGGAGUGCAUUUGAGAGGAUUCAUACUAAGAAAAAGAACAAUUUUAAUGCACAAUAGAUGAAUGAUCUUGUGUAUGUCAUGUGCAAUAACAAGUUGGUGGGAGG